AUGGAUACUAACAAUUAUAAUGCUGAUUCAACAACAGGUGUUUUCAAUACAAGUCCAGCUAAUGAUAAUGAUGAAACACCAACAGUAAAUUCAACAAAUCCAAAUUUUCAUGCAGUUAUUGAUUCUGUUGUUCAAAAAGGCAGAACGGAAUUUCAAAAAGGUCAACAAUCUACUGAAACAAUUGUUUCAAAGGCAAAAAAACUCAUGCAACAACAUUGGGAUCAUACUCGUCAAUCACUUGCUCGACUACGAAAAAGGAUUAGUGAAAUGGUACCAAAAUCAGCUAAUAAUCUUAUUUAUUGGCGAAAUCCAAUUCAAUCUGGCCUUGUUUUGGGUGUUUCAUUAUCUGUUAUAAUAACAUUCAUGUUUUUGUCAUCAUUGGCAGCCAUUUCGUUUUGGUUACUUGCAUUGCUUGUAGUCUCUGGUCUCUACCAAUUGUAUAAUUAUGUCAUGGUGACCUUCGUUGGACGUGCUCAGGAUGACAUACUCGAUUCAAUGUUUCCAUCUGAUAUAUCUAUCUCAGAACAACAGGCUCGUGAUUUGGCUCAUAAUAUUCGUGUUAAUGGAACAAGUCUAUUAAAACAUGGAAGAAAUCUUUUCUUAUGGCAAAAUUUAACAAAUUCAAUUCUUUUUGGUCUUAUACUAUUUGUCUUUUUCUAUAUUGGUUUAUCAAUGAAUGCAUUAACAUUUGCACUUAUUGGUUUAAUUUUCUUAUUUACUGUACCAAAAAUUUAUCAAGUAUAUCAAGUACCAAUUGAUCGUACUGCUAAGCAAGUACUUGAUCAAAUUAAUCAACUUUUAGCUAAAGUCACAUCAAAAUUACCAAAUAAAGCGAAAAAACCUUAA